UCGCAGCAGUUGCGGCCGUCUGCGAUGAGUUUAGUUUUGAAAACAAGGGGCCGCCCGCCGCUCGCCAUCGCACGUCGUCGUCGUCGUCGCGCUCGCUCCGUGUAGACGAGGCGCUCGGUCAUACGUAUCGUGAACGGAUCGACCGUAAGUGGACCGCCGAGGAUCGUGCCGUGUCGUGCCGUGGACGUUUAUCGCUUCUUCCGUCCCUCUUUCCUGCACGCAUACGUACGUACAUCCGUCCCUCCGUUCACUCGCUCACUCUCUUUCCUUUUGCCACCGUGCCCUCUUCGUCCUCCCGUUUCCCCGAUCGUCAGCACCUCCCACACUCCUCGCGUCUCUCUCCGCGUGACCCUUCGUGUCUACGUUGAGCGAAACGUGACCGACACAAAAAAUGGACGCCCUACGGGAGCAGGUGAUGAUCAAUCAGUUCGUGUUGGCCGCGGGCUGCGCCAGGGAGCAGGCGAAGCAGUUGCUACAAGCGGCGCAUUGGCAAUUUGAGACCGCUCUCAGCAUUUUCUUCCAAGAGGCGGCGAUACCCUCAUGCGCGCAAGGAGCCGGCACCCACUUCGGCCAAAUCACACCAUGCAACACGCCAGCCACUCCGCCAAAUUUUCCAGACGCGCUGUUGGCGUUCUCGAAAAUGUCAGCCGGUGACAAGACUCCCUCUGGUAUGUCACCGAGCCAGAACGGUUUGCAGACAAACUCGUCGGCGUCUGUGGCGGCGGGCAUGCAACACCAUGCGGCCGCCGGUGGCCGGUGUAGCGCGUCCGGGAACGCUCAACAGCAGACGACGCAGCCCCAGCAGCAGUUCGGCUUGGGAGAGCCGCAGAGAUAAAACUGACCCGGUCCUAGUCGGCGAUGCGCGAUCACGAAUCCACGUAGUAGACGCGCGCGAUAAUAUUCCCGGGGCGAGAAUCGCGCGCUCCGACACAGCGAGAACAGGACGUUUUAGAAAGGAGACAAACGUACGCGGGCGAUAGAAGGAGCGGAUAACGAGAGAGAGAGAGAGAGAGAGAGAGAGAGAUGUCCUUUGAAGAGACGUUUCCUGGAAGGAAGAGGAGGAAGCGACAGGAAAGAGGAGCGCGUCCGCGAGAAGACUCUUUAUUGAGGAUUGAAGACUACGUUAGCUACGCACAAUAAUAAAACGACGUUUGUGAUUGCAUGCUCUCACUACCUACGUGCGUGUAUGUGUGCAUCAUGUACGUGCGAAACGCGCGACAGUACCCGAGUGUCGAUUUUCCCCUACUACGAUGACGAUGACCUAGACGAUGACCACGACGCUGCCGCCGUCUGUCGUCCAGCGCGACGACGACGCGCGUGUCUCGAUCGCCGUUUAUCUCCUCCUCGGCUACCUCGAGAGACACAGCGACAGAGAAGGGUAGUCUUCGCGGUAGUCCGCUUCUACUCACGGCAAAAGCACUCGAGAGGCAAGGGCCAAGGGGUGAGGAUCAUUUUACGGAACCGUCGAGGUCUCCCUUGUCCAGCUGUCUCCGUUUUACUUCUCGGAUUUUCUUGCCUUCUCUCCGACUGAAGUGUAGAUCCAGAAGGUCGAUCGAGAAGCGAAGACAUCGACGUGUCCCAGAGAGAGAGAGAGAGAGAGAGAGAAUGAUCGGCUGUCCAACGUACGGCUGCCCUUCGCUCCGCGAUCCGACUUCCUUGUAGUCCCUUGUCGCUAUUAGAUACGCGGCUGUUUCUCCAAGAUUCGCUGUGCACACACACACACACACACACACACACACACACACACACACACACACACACACACACACACACCUUCGCUUUCGAGUCGAAUGUGAACUUUCGCUAACACUUCCACGCCACAGUACAAAGGAGCUCCGCUGUUGUGAGGGGCAUAUAUAUAGUUUUAGUUUUCUCGUCCCAUUUUUGGAUAUGGUCGUCGCAUUUGUUUCUUUUCUCUCGCGGAGGAUGAGAUAGCAAUCGUCCGCUUGUUUCACAUGCAAGAUAUAUCGCAAAUAACCCGCACCCAAUUGCUGCUGCUGCAUCACCCGGCAAGGCUGUUCAUUUGAUAUCGUAAUGCUCGGCUGGUCGGUUUCACAAUUAAUUACUCAUCUUUUCGUCGUUUACCUAUGUAGCAUGCUCGCGGUACGCGCGUUAUUAUUCACGCCGGACGGAUUACGUUUCCGUACGUAUAAGCGUGUAUUUCGAUGGUAUAAAAUAUACGAGGCUAAAUGUAAUUAAACGAAGAUCUUUAUCGUGUAAAAAUUUGUAAAAAGAUUCCCCUCGAAUUAUAUAACGUUCAUCUAGGCGUUUUACGUACUAAUAACUGAGAUCCGAAGGAUCGCGUGAAUGAUAAAUGAACGAUAGAAAGAGAGAAAGAGAAAGAAUGAGUGAGUGAGUAAGAAAGACAGAGAAAGAGAGAGAGAGAGAGAUGUACUCAUCGAAACUAAUAAUAAUAUACCUGGUGUCUCUCUUUCCUGGUUUCCGCUGUUGCGACGAACAGCGAAGACUUCUCAGUUUUAAUUUAAUGUAUAUUUCGUCGACUAAUUGCGAUAACACACACACAUGCGCGACUAGAGAUUAUAAACUACCUGUUUUAUGCAAUAUUAGAUUCUUCUUCACGAUAUUCACAAACGCUCUCGUCUGGCAGCUGACGAUACAAUUCUACCUGAAACAGUAUAUCAAAUCGCUCCAUAUCGUUCGUUGAUAUUUAUCCUAACAUAGAGGAACAAUUAUUCGUUACUAGCAUCCAUACUUGUUUCUAUAUGUUUAUGUUACAUAGUAGCGAAUUUUUUCAGAUUACUUUCUCGCUGGACGUCUCUUGUAAUAGGUAUUAGAAGAGUUUCUUUCCUUAUCAUUCAUGUCUGACGUUUGUAAAGUGUUUUUACACACAAUAUAGUAUCUGAUCUUUUCAUACGUAGUCGUAAUAAUAGUCUCGAAGAAGGUUGAUAAGGAUCGUGCGAGAGUCCAAAGUGGACUUAACUUCUUUACGAUCAUGCAAUAGUUCCAGAUUACCCAGAUAUCGCAUACAGCUUCGUCACUGUGAAAUCGUUUUUAUGUAAAUAAUAGUAGAUAUUAAGCGUAAGAAAAAUACUUUGUGAGUAUGAGAUAUUUUUUCCACGCUUUAAAUACCUUCCUUAUGUUUGUAACGUUUAGGCUAUUUAAGAUAGAUGAGAGAAAGAGAGAAAGGAAGAGAGAGAGAGAGAGAGAGAAAUAUGAACUACUAU